AUGAGCCUCGAACCCGCUCCUGAUGGAGGCUGGAUGGCCUGGCUACAGGUCGUGGGCGCCCAUCUUGUCAAUUUCAAUACGUGGGGCUUCAUCAACAGUUUUGGAUUCUUCCAAUCAUACUAUGUUACGGCAUUGGGCGAAUCCGAGAGCACCGUUUCGUGGAUUGGUUCCAUACAAAUCUUCCUGCUCUUCUUCAUCGGCACCAUUUCGGGCCGGAGCAUGGAUGCAGGAUACUUUCGUGCCACCAUUGCCAUUGGCUGCUUCCUUCAAGUUUUUGGAGCUUUCAUGACCAGUCUCUCCACGAAAUACUGGCAGGUCUUCCUGGCGCAAGGAGUCUGUAUGGGACUCGGUGACGGCAUGCUCUUUGCGCCCGCCGUGGCUCUCAUUUCGACCUACUUCACCACCAAGCGCGCUGUAGCAGUGGCGGCUAUCGUCUCCGGUUCGGCCAGCGGUGGUAUGGUCUUUCCCGUCAUUGCCCGGCAGCUGUUGCCUCAGCUGGGCUUUGGCUGGACCGUCCGCGUCAUGGCGUUUGUCAUGCUUUUCAACGCAGCCUUUGCGCUGGCCGUUCUGCGUCAGCGCACUCCGCCCCGCAAGGCCGGUCCGUGGAUCGAAUGGGAUGCAUUCCGCGAGCCGCUCUGGCUCCUCGUCACUGCGGCUUCAUUUUUCUGCAUUGGCGCCAUCUACGUGCCUUAUUUUUUCCUGACCCCUUUCUCACACGACCAAAUUCACGUUUCAUCCGCCAAUUCACUCACCAUCCUUCUCGUUCUGAACGCAGUCGGCAUUCCGGGUCGUCUGAUUCCGGGCUAUCUCGCCGAUCGAUACUUUGGAAAGUUGAUGACCAUUGCACCGCUUGGUAUCGCCGCUGCGAUUGUCUUAUACUGCUGGGCCGGCGUGUCCACCUUGCCGGGGCUCAUUCCCUAUGUGUGCAUCUAUGGCAGCCUCGGCGCGGGUACCCAAGGGCUUAUGCCUUCGACAAUUGCAUCGUUGACUACCGAUCCCCGAAAAAUGGGUGUCCGCUUGGGUAUGGCGCUGUCGUUUAUGGGCAUUGCGGCUCUUGUAUCGCAGCCCAUUGCUGGCGCAUUGAUCAAGGCCAACAAUGGAAAUUAUCUGUAUGCGCAAAUGUUUGCGGGCUCGCUCAUGAUGGUGGGCAGUCUAUUUUAUUUCGCUGCCGCUCUUUUCCAAAGGAAGAUGGACAAGAAAAGUCAAAGGAUGAGCAUUGAGCAGGAGGUUGAAGAGCAGAGGGCAGAUGAAAUUGGAGACGAAAGCAAAGAGAAGACGAGACCCAACAGUCCCGCUCAGUCCAACCAGUGA